AUGAGUGCCCUCGGAAGCACAUCUGACGUUUCUCUGACGUCAUCAUUAUUACAGGAUGACACUCACAAACCAGUUGGAAUGAGAUUCACCCUAGAGGAAUUGGCAGCUCUCUCUGGAACAUCUAACUCCUCAUCCACAUCAUACCAACAUAACGAGAAUCCAUAUAGUAAUGCAAAUACACUACUUCGCACCAUACGUCAGAAAGGAAGUACGAAACAUAAAGACUACACAAGAAAACCACAGGAUCCGGCAAAGGAAGUUUUAAGGGUUAUAAGAAAGAAAGGUCAUAAAGGAAACAACGAAAACAAAGACACAAAACCAAGAGCGAAAAAUGCACAGACACAGACGGAGAGAGAAAUUGAAGACAUCAUCAGAGAAUUGGAGGAAAUAGAGAAACAUGCUGACACUGUAUCAGGCCGUAGGAAUUGUUGCCAAAAACCUUCGUCACCAGUCACAACAGACAACGAUUUAAAAAUGGCGAAUGAUUUACUAAAUGAAUUGGACAAAGAAAUAUUCCCGAAUAAAUAUACGCAAACAAACACUCUCUCGGACAAAGCAAUAUAUAAAGAGAUUAUUAAUUUUUCGAUGCCACGACGACAUGUACAAUCCAGGACUGAUCAUUGUUGGCCAAAGGGACACAAACUGCACUUAAAAUUUGAUUUUAAUAAGAAAUAUUGA